AUGUCUGUCCAGUUCUCUGCACAGGCACCCUGGAGGAACAACAACAUCAGUUUUCUGACCAGAGAGGCAGCUGUAACAGAGCAAGGAGAGACUAUCAUAGGUUUCUACCUGUUGGCUUUAGGUUGGAUGUCUUGGUUUGGAAACAGCAUUGUGAUUUUUGUCCUGUAUAAACAAAGACAUCUUCUGCAGCCCACCGACUACCUCACAUUUAACUUGGCAGUGUCAGAUGCCAGUAUCUCCGUGUUUGGUUAUUCACGGGGCAUCAUUGAAAUCUUCAAUGUCUUCAGAGAUGAUGGAUUCAUUAUCACUUCGAUAUGGACUUGCCAGGUUGAUGGCUUCCUGACACUUCUCUUUGGCCUGGCUAGCAUUAAUACCCUUACAGUGAUCAGUGUGACACGCUAUAUCAAGGGCUGCCAUCCUGAGAGAGGUCACUGCAUCAGCAACAGCAGCAUGUCGGUGGCUCUGGUUCUCAUUUGGGUGGCCGCUUUCUUCUGGUCUGCAGCUCCAUUGCUUGGCUGGGGCAGUUAUACAGAUCGCAUGUAUGGCACAUGUGAGAUAGACUGGGCAAAAGCUAACUUCUCUACAAUCUACAAGUCCUACAUCGUCUCCAUUUUUAUCUGCUGUUUUUUCCUACCUGUCACAGUCAUGGUCUUCUCAUAUGUGUCCAUCAUCAACACUGUCAAACUAAGCCAUGCGUUGACAGGACUGGGUGAUCCCACAGACAGACAGAGGAGAAUAGAGCGGGACGUCACCAGGGUUUCUAUUGUCAUUUGCACAGCCUUCAUUAUUGCAUGGUCACCAUAUGCUGUCAUCUCUAUAUGGUCUGCCUAUGGUCACUCUGUGCCCAACCUCACCAGCAUCCUUGCCAGUUUGUUUGCUAAGUCUGCCAGCUUCUACAAUCCCAUUAUCUACUUUGGAAUGAGCUCCAAAUUUCGAAGGGACAUUUUCAUCUUGUUCCAUUGUGCCAAGGAAGUCAAGGAUCCUGUGAAACUCAAACGUUUCAAAAACCUCAAACCAAAGCAGCCACAACCUUCUCAGAAAGAAGAGAAGUAUGCACCAGAAAUGCACCCUGUGCCGAGCCCCGAUUCCGGGGUGGGAAGCCCAACCAACACCCCACCUCCAGCAAACAGGGAAGUGUAUUUUGGUAUUUUUGAUACACCAUCCAAUAACCCCAAUAUUGAAUGUGAUAGAUUGUAAGUUUUGUAGCUGCUUAAUACACACACACACGCACACACACACACACACACACACACACACACUUUGUGUUCAGGAGGACCCUCUACAGAGCAGCCCUUGAGUAAUUUACUAAUUCCCAUUCCAUCUGUUUCUUGCUAUACCACUGAUGACUAUACAACUCAAGCAAAUCAGAUGGUAAAGGGAUAUUUUCCUUCUAUGUAGGUACAAAAUGCUCCAAAGAACAUUAAAAUGUGGGCAGCACACCCAGUGCCAGAAACACUUGAUUUUCACAUGCAUGCAGGAAAAGAAAGACUGACUUCAGGAGAGCCGGCAUUGGCUAGCAAAAUUAACUAAUAGUUUCUUAUCCAAAUUUUAUCAAUUCUUGACUAUAUUUCCAAGUAUUUCUUUUGCUCUUUAACAGUCACAGACAUUAAUGAUUGUUUUAACCCUGUGAUACUUCACAGCCAUGGCUGUAGGAGAAGACUGGC